AUGGUGGAAAGGCUGGUCACCGAAGCAACUGAUGAAGAGCAUGAAGAUGAUAUUGCCAGCGUUACAGCACCUUCGACACCUAUCCCACAAAUUUCAGCUGCUAAAGCUAUAAGUGCAUCUCAUUCUUAUAAUUCUACGAUAACCAAUGCCCCUCCAUCUACUACGAACUUCCUAAAAACUACCUCUUUGCCAACUACAACUGCAAGCACAUCAACUCCUCCUCGUACAACAAGAGUUACCUCUAAUCAGGCGGUAAAUACUCCUGUAACAAUCCCUACCCCAAAAGCUUCAACACCCUUGCUAGUGUUAUCUACAACGAAAAACUCGACCAAUUUUGGCCCCACUACAACUGCAAGCACAUCAAAAUCAGCACAAUCAAGCCCUACGAAAACAGUGAAGGUUACGAGAGAGGCGACUCAGAACUCGACAGUUUGUGUGGAGGAGGGGACUUGCUAUGCUGAUAGCGACUGUGGGCAGGGAGUAUGCCUUGGAGUUUUUCUUGGAAAAUGCAAUUGUCACUCAUGUAUCGCAAAUGUGGAGUGUGCAGAUGAUUCGGAUUGCGGUGGACUGCGAAAUGCGUGUCAAGAAGGAAUUUGUAGAUGUGCUAAGGUGAAACAUAGCAAUUUUCAAUUGCGGCUGUGGCUCAAAAAAGCUCUCGCCAUUCACGGCUUUACCUACUACAUCGAUGCUUUGACGAAAUUCUGCUCACAGCGGACGUGUACAGAAACAAGUGAUUCUUGCUUUGGGCUGCCUUGCAGCCGCGGCAUUUGCUCAUGUAAAUAA